AUGUCCGAAAGAAAAGUGCUCAGCAAAUACUACCCCCCGGAUUUCGAUCCAUCCUCCAUCGGAAGAACGCCGAAGCACCUGCCAUCCACAGGCCCAAAGGUCAUAACUGUGCGAUUAAUGGCACCCUUUUCCAUGAAAUGCACCCACUGCGGCGAAUACAUCUACAAAGGGCGCAAGUUCAACGCGCGCAAAGAGACCACGGAUCAGAAGUACCUCAACAUCCCCAUUUAUCGCUUCUACAUCCGGUGCACGCGCUGCAGCGGCGAAAUCACGUUCUUGACAGAUCCCAAAGCGAUGGACUACAAGGCGGAGAAGGGCGCGAAGCGGAACUUCGAGCCCUGGCGCGACGCCAAGGCCGACAUCGAGGAGACGGAGCAAGAGACGCUGGAUAGGCUGGAGCGCGAGGAGAAUGAGGAGCAGGAGCGCCUGGAGCGGGACAAGAUGGCCGAGUUGGAGGAGAAGAUGCUCGAUUCGAAGCGGGAAAUGGCGAUUGCGGAUGCGCUGGAUGAGAUUCGGACGCGGAAUGCGAGGAUCGAGCGGAAUGAGGCGCUGGGCGAUGAGGCGGCGCUUGCUCAUGUGCGGGAUGAAGUUGAUGAGGAGCGGUUGCGGAUCGAGAAGGAGAUCGAGGAGGCUGCUCGUCGUGCCUUCACGACAGAAACUGGUGAAAAGGUCAAGAGAUUGGUUGAUGAGGAGGCGCUUGGUGGAGCUCCUUUGGAGACUGAAACGCCGCCCGCGCCUUCAUUCGCGAGGGUCAAAAAGCCGAAGAAGCCUUUAGUCAACGGUCUGGGCAUCAAAAAGAAGCCCAAGCCAUCUUUGGUAUGA